GGCAUUGGCAUCCGCGUCUGCUCAGAGUCGCUAGUGUUUUAAAAUAAUUUACGAUUUGGUUUCUUAGAAGUUUAUGAGUUAUUACUGUGGAAACGGAACUUGAGACUUAUUCUGAGUGGCGAACUUGAUGUGAUUAUAUCAAUAACACAAAAUUCUAUUGGAAAAUAAAACCAACUGGAGAACAUAAUAUUCAAAAUAUAACAUAUCUUUCGUUGGACAAUGAACAUGGUGAGGGCGAUGUCACUUUAGAAAACAAGGAGGAAGAUACUGUAGAAAACAGUUACGAAGAAGAGGAAGAAGAGGACGAAGAGAAGGAAGAAGAAGAAGAAGAGAAGAAAAAUCCAGUAAACAAUGAUUUUGCGAAUAUAUUAAAAAAACUCGAAUCUGUAGGAGCUCUCUUAAAAAAACCUAAAAAAGAAGAAGAGUAUCGCUGUUUUACUUGUAACAAAGAUUUCUCAAAUUGGGACAGUUUAGAAAAUCAUUUAAUACAACACGUGUCUCUGCCCUCAGUGGUGCUUGACAAGCUGCCGUCAGACGAAGAAGACACGGCUCCUUCCGGAGAUGAAAAUUGGUCCGACGAAGAUGUACCUCAGCCACCACAAAAAUCCGAUCCGAAGAAAGCGCCGCAAAAAGUAGAUAUAUCUCAGAUUUUAAAGAAAACUGGUUUAUCUAUUAAAAAAAAAGGGGACACCGAUAAAAGUUCUGAUGCUGCCUUAAACAAAUUGAGUGGCUUGGGUUUUACCAUAAGGAAAAAUUCAACUCCUAUUAAAAAAGAAAAAAAUGAUGAACCUGAACAACAGAACGAAAGCGAUCUUAUGAAAAAGUUAGGUAAACUAGGGGGCAUUAAAUUGAAGCUUAAAUCAGAUGGCAACAAUACUAACACAUUUAAAGUAAUAAAUGGCUUAAAAGACUUUAAAGCAUCCGAUGAUGAAGAUGAAGGAAGUGAAAACGAGGAUAGCAAAAACGAUGAAGAUUCGAGUGAGGAAAUUAAACAUAAAAAUGAAGAAGAAGAUUGCAAUCAGGAAUCUGAUGAAGAACAAUGCGUUAAUAAUAGUCGUAGGAGUUCUGAAAAUAGUGAAUCUGGAGGAAGUAACAGAGGUAACCAAAUCAAAAAUAUCAAAACGGAACCGAUCGCAACUCCAAAAAGAGUAGGUCCAGCUAGCAAAACAUCUAACGAAUGUUCUAGUAAAUCAACAAAGGAACCACCAGCAAAGACAUCUGUUAAUGACAAUCAAGUAAAAGCUAAAGAAUCAUCUAAAACAACUGCUUUAGAAACACCUGCUAAGCCUUCUAGAAGACCGUCAGUCAAACAAACUCCGAAAAGAGGAACUAACAACGCUCAACCGUUAAAGACCCAAGAUCAACCACAAGCUAUUAAAAAGGAUUCAUCACCAGCAAAAGAGGUACAAACAGCAACGCCAGAAAGGCGAGAGUCAAAUAAUGACAUCAAUCUUGAGAAUGUUGUAGUGAAAAAAGAGGUACCAGAGCCAGUAAGCUCAGAGUCACAAUCGUUAAGUACACCUUUAUUCUCAGCCCAAAUUAAAUCUGAAAGAUCUUCGCCGAUUCCACCAGAUCGAGCAGUUACUCCAGUUAUAGCUAGGGUUAAAACAGAACCGGAUGUUCCUGCCACUACUAGUUCUCAACCAAUUUUUAGUUCAUCAAAUGUAACAAGUGCACCAGUUACUCCUCUGCUUCCAGUUACUAAAACAGAGGAUACAAGUAUGACAAUAAUUGAAAUCAACGGUGAUUCUAAUGAUGAAGAUGAUGAUUGCUGUGUUGUGUCUUCUACGCCUGCUCCUGACGUAAAACCGGUUAUUCCGAAAACUGAGAAUCCAUCACAACCGCCACCACCUGCGUACCCAACACCAAUGUCUUAUCCAACUUCAGCACAAUCAAGUUAUAACACAGCUCCAUCACUUUCCUCUCGACUUUCAGCUACACCAUCUACAGAAAAACAACAUAACUUUAAUUGGAAUGCCCCAGACUCGAAACCACCAAUAGAUAUGCUUGAAAAAAGUGCUGAUGAAAUUUUCGAAAGCCUUCUUUCAUCAUCUACUAAAAAAGAAAAUAUGUCAUCACUGUCGGACGCAAGUGAAUACAUAUCACUCGAUACAUUAGGCCCACAGCAUUCAUGUGAGGUCUGCAACACGAGAUUUACUGAUAUAUCACUUCUUGAAGAGCAUAGAAGAAUUUCGGGCCAUUCUAAUAGCCUAAUGAAUGCAUCGUCUUCCACACUUAUGCCAUAUAAUCCCACAUCGAAUAUUUUAUCUAGCCUGUUACCAGUUAAACAGCUAGCAGAACAAGUUGGAAAGUUGUCUACUAUUGGAAGCAGCAGUUCAGGCUUUACACAUCAGCAAAAUGUAAUGAUUAAUAUCCAAGCUUAUCCUGGAGGAGGAGGAGUUAUGGUACCGCCGCAACCCUACAACGCAUACGCUUCACCGCAAGCAGGGUACCCUCAAUCUCCAAAUAAUAUGUACUCGUCCCCAGGACAGACAAUGCCAGGCCAGUAUCCAGGCUCUAAUUACGCUCAAUCUAAUUAUGGCCAGUAUCCGUCGCCUAUGUCAAAGGCCGGUUAUCCAGGGGCAAUGCCGCAAAACAUUUACUCUAAUGCACCUUCACCUUAUUCAACUGCUUCUCCACUUCAGAGUAUGCAGCAAUCUGUAUAUGGCCAAACUACUCCCGGUUUACAUAAUCAACACACUGUUAUGGGACCCCCCGGCUCCUCGCCUAGCCAAGGUUACGCGUCUGCUCCUAGUCCUAGCUCGAAACAAUCGCCAAGCAACAUCAGAAUUCAGAACGUACAAACCUUUCCUCCUGGUCAAAUAGUUGGUGGGUCAGCACAAUCUAUGAAUAAUCAAACAAUGGGUCAAGUUAUGGGAUCUAACCAACAACAUAUGCAUGGCCAAGAAAUGUCUUCAGGGCAGACAGUCCCAGGGCAAAUUACAGCACCUACUCAAAUUCGAAUGGCAGCGGGUGCUAAUGUAACAGGUUCGAGGCCGCGAAUGCCGAAUAUUCGAGGUACACGACCAUCUAUACGACCUGGAAUACAAGUUCAUGGACAAGUUAGAGGUGCAGUAAAACAAGGGCCUCGUAUGCCAUUAAAAAGGCCAGGAACUAUAGUAGGUGGACCUGUGCAGAAGAGGCGACCCGACAUGUUGCUUCCUGGCAAGCACGACAACGAGGACUGCCAAGUAAUGGCUAUGCAAAAGCAACGCGAUGGAUUGCCCAUGAUUCAGAGUGUGCAAGGUGCCAAAGAUAAGUUGAAUCUCGGUAGUCAAAUUUCUAUAACGAAGAAAACAGUGAAUAAGGAAGCAAAUGCGAUGGCAAAUGUGUUAGCAUCUAGGGGUAUUAGUGUGAAGCAAAAGCAGAAAAGUCGGUCGCCCUCGCCACAACGACCCCUCCCUAACAUACCUAAUCUUGGCGCUGGUGUCAGCAUUAAACAUUCUUCAAAGUCUAGCAAUUUUUCAAUACCAGAAGCAAAAGUUGGUGGUGGUAUGAUGGCAUGCAAAAUAUGCAAGAAAAUGUUUAUGAACUCUACAUCUUUGUCGGUGCAUAUGACGAAUGCUCACCCACAAAGCAAAAUACCUGUGUUCAAAUGUGACGAAUGUCCAGCAUCUUACCCGAAGUCAUUACAGCUUCAGCACCAUAAAAGGGUAUUUCACAAUGUUUCCGGUCCUAAUAGGGAGUUAGGAUUGCCAGUUGUAGAUUUAUCUCAAGAGGAUAACUUAAAACGAUUGAGUAGCUUAGGUAUAUACAGUUUUAUUCCACUUGCAAAUCGGGAGCAAGCAAAUGGAUGCUUUGGUAUUCCAGUGAUAUCGGUGCACAAUGUUCAGAAUGGUAUGACGAGUAGUUUGCAAGCGCUUGGUGCUGAUGGACUUUUAAGCCUCGGACCUCUCAAACCUUUACCAAAUUCAUAAAAUAUUAAAACUCCAUUAAGUGUGUUUCUAAUAUAACAAUUUACAUAUGCAUAACAUAAUGUUAUCUUUGUUUUAAUUUGUCUUUAAAGUAUUAUCUGAAAUUUCUUCUGAAUUGAUUAUCAUUAUGUAAAAUUAGAAUAUUUAUUUAUUCAUAAAAAUAAUGCAUUGCAAUUCUCAGACAAUACUUAUUACCUAAUUUAGUUUUUUUUUUUAGAUAUAUCUAUUUUUAGUUAAAACUAACUAGUAUGUCAAAAUUUACAAGUAAGAUUUAGUAAAAGAGUGAGUUGAUUAAAUUGCGUUUUUAGUUUGUUCAUAAUUUUUUAAGUACUGAAUCAUUGUUGUCAGUGUGACUGUUAUGUUUUUUUGCAAUCCAUUAAAUAUAAGGAUAUAUUUUCUUAUGUGUACAAUUUAUUAAGAGGAAAUACAUAAAAAAAUGUAUUUUGUGUUAACAAUAAUUACUACUAAAAUGUCUCAUUAUUAAAUCUGAUAGAUUUAAGUGCAAUUUAAUAUAACAGAUGGAAAAUUGAUACAAAAAUAAACCACUAGUCAAGGAAAAAUUUCGGAAUGGAUUCAAAUAUUAUUUCGAAUUCAAGUCAUCAAAAUGGAAACUUGAUUUUCAAAUUCUAUAACUGUAGAUUGUGUUUCCUUGAUUGUUAAUCAUUAUUCGACUAUAAAAUUUGUGAUGAUCAUGUAAAGUUAGUAAGAAGCAGUUGAAACACAUCUCAAAUAGCAUUGUAGGAAAUUAUUGAUGCAUCUCAAUGAUUAUAAUUAGGCUUUUGGGCUCUCAACAGUGGUCAUGUUGUAUGUCAAUGUCAUUAUUAUGCGUAGAAUACAGUAGAAUCUGUAAAAAGCGAUUUUCAAGUACACGACCAGAUUAUUUGUCGUGUUAUGUUUAUAUGUACAUACGAUUCUGAUUAAAUAAUAUUAUGCAUGUAAUGAACGAAUGUAAAAGAUUUAUUUUUAAAAGAUAAUCUAUUUUAUUAAUAUAAACGCAGUAUAGUAAUUAAUACGUAAUUCUUUUUGGAAACCAGCUUUUUCAGGAGGCUGGAAGUCGUCGGGUCUUCGUGCAAUACGAUUCGUUAUGACUAUCGAAAACGGCACAGUAAUGAACAAACAAUUUAGAUCCUUUAGUAGAAAAUAUAGGUGGACAACAAUAGUAUUAUUAUUGUAACUGACGUAAAGUCUCUAUCUUUAGAUGGUUUUAGAUUGAUAUUUGUUUGCUAUCAAAGUAUUUUGAUAUUACGAUGGCGGGUUUGUCUUACGAGUGCAGGUGCGCAUUUACAUUAUUUUAUUGUGUGUAAACUCAACAUUCAAAAAUUGUUCCGUGAAAAUAGCUCCGUGACUAAGCAUUGGAUUGCGGCAUUAAGCACUGUGGGUUCGAAUCCUGCACGGAACAAGUAUUUGCCCCAUAUAAUACAGCUAUGUAGAUAUAUACAGGAGAAAAUUCCAGUAAUGUUUUCUUUAAAGAACAAAAAAAAAGUUGUUCGCAGUGAUGUAAUAAAAAGUGCUAUGUCCUAAGCAACAAAGCGUUAGUUUGAUUUUAAUAUGUAAUAAUUUGUUUCUAAUUACGUAUUGAUUAUUUAGGUUUAUUUAGCCGUGUAAUGAUAGCUAGGUUAAUAUAGACUUAUUAUCACAAGACUAUACGAACUCAUGCAAAGUUAUCACGUUCAGAACUUUGAUUUAAUUGUAAAUGAGUUUCUUUUGUUGCAAAUGAAAAAUAAUUUUAUUUCAUACAUAGCUAAACGUACUUUAGGUUAUAUAUUUUGUUAAAUAACGACGGGCUGAAUAACACUACCUGCAGUUAUAUAUAACUUGUGUGUGAUGAGUAUAUAUCUGUAUACACAAGCACGUGUGUCCCUAACAACUACAAGUAAGGCUCGCCCGCCUUUGUGAGAUAAACCAUCUAUAAGUAUUGUGUCAUAAUCGACAUUUGUUUGCGCGAACACAAACACGGCCUUACUCAUAAAAAACGAUGUCAAUUUAAGAAAUGCUUAAAGUUGCGCUCUCUUCACAAAAUGACAAUAGAAAGUAAACGGUAUAGAAAUAAUGUAACACCAAAUGGUACGUUCCAUCUCAAAAACCUGUAACUUUUUGUUUCUUGACAUUUUAAAUUGAAAUUUUGUGUACGUAUUCCUGAAUACUUAUGCUAUUAGAUAAUUAAAACACCGCUACUUUAAAAACUAUAUAUAUUUAGUAAAAAAUUGAAAAAAAAAAUUUCAUACAAAAAUUAUUUUUUUAUUGAAAUAGUUCUCACAGGAAUGCUGUUAAUAAUACUGAUUAUAGUUACCACAACAGAUAAGACGCAUAUGCAACAUCGUUUAAAAAAAUAUUUCUCAUAAACACGUAACAUACUUGUAAACUAGAGAUCCUGAGCAUUCCAAAAUGUAUAUAAUACUUAUAUAUUUCCUUGAAUAACAAUAUCGAAGUUCAAAUUUUGGAUCUAAUUUUAUACCUAAAAUUGAUUAUUACUAUUUUUUACCAUUAAAAUAUAAAACAACCAAAAAGGUUUCAGUAAUACGAGUUUAGUCCAAACCAUUUUUAAAUGGAACGCACCGUUUGGUCCUAUAGUGCAGCGUGGCGACCAUGCAACCAGCGAUUCACACCUGUGACAGUUUUUUCUGAAGUGCCGGUUUAGUAGUAUAAAUAGAAGUUUAGUUGUUUUUUUUUUUGAGUGAAAACCUAACUUUAGUUUGCAUCUAGGUCGCUAAAAAUGUUUGGUCGUUGUGAACGAAAUCUUAGUAAACAGAUUCUACUGUAUUCGCAUUAUUACUUAAGAAAAUAUUUUAACAUAGUGCUUUGUAUAUUCGCGCAAAAGUGAAAUUUUUUUGAGUUGAUUAUCUAUACCUACAUCGAGUGAUGUACAUUUUUCCUCUCAAGGGAAAUUAGAGAUUGGUUGUUAUGGUAUCUAAACGACUAUAUAUUAGGAGUAUGAUUGUGUCACAAAGCUAAUUUUUAGUGUAUAUUAUAUCAAUUAAACAGAUGAGAAAAAAUAUAAGGACAUUAAAAAUUUGUUUUAUUUUUUAUAAUUUGAGAGUAUUAUUUAAAAGAGAAUCUAUUAAAAUAAUAUGUCCGAAGCCAGAAGACGGUUAACGAAUAAAACUGUUU